AUGCAUUUCAGCAGAGUAGGUGGGCUUUUCGCCGUCGUCUUAGGUGGUGCUGUCGCCGCGCCAACCACUUUCACUUCUCAUUACGCGGUCAAGGAGCGUCAUGCCGUGCCUCGAGGCUGGACCACUGCCGGCCCAGCUCCGGCAGGGCACGUUCUCAACUUGCAGAUUGGAUUAAGGCAGAGCAACCAGGGCGUCCUUCAGCAGCAUGUCUUGGAGGUUUCGGACCCGUCCCAUAAGCGCUAUGGACAGCAUCUCUCCGCCGAUGAAGUUCACGCCCUUGUGUCGCCUUCGUCAGAGACGGUCCGGCUCGUACAAGAUUGGCUGCAGGCACAUGCCAUCUCCGAGCAUACUCUCAGCCCCUGCAAAAGCUGGAUCAGCGUCAGUGUAGCUGUAGAGAAGGCCGAAAGCCUACUUAACACUACCUAUUCAUUGUUCCGCCAUACGGAUGGCUCUGCGCUGGUACGCGCACCCGAAUGGUCUCUGCCAAUGCACUUACACGAACACGUCGACCUUGUCCAACCCACGACAUCCUUCUUCAGACCCUCGAAACAGGCGUCCGAUAUAAUGCCGCCGGAGCGCGGUGGUCCAGGCCACAGCAUGGAGUGGUGGCACCAACAUAAGCCCCUGCCACCACCUCCUCCAGCACCAGGUGCACCCGUCAACAUCUCCGCAAUUUGCAAUAUUACCUACACCACUUUGGAGUGUCUCCGCACCCUCUACGGCACCAUCAACUAUGUGCCGCAAGUGCCACAGCUAAACUCAAUUGCCGUGACAAACUAUCUAAAUGAGACGCAGAACCGCUCUGACAUCAGUAUCUUCCUGCAGAACUUCCGGCCGGAAGCUGCAGCCGUGGCGUAUGAGUUUCCCAUGACCAUCAUCGCUAAUGGGUCGGACGUGCAAACACCUAACCUUCCCGGUAACACUGGCGACAUAGAAGGGAAUCUGGACGGCGAGCUAGUCCUCGGUUUCACGUAUCCUAUAAACUUCUCGGCCUACAAUACCGGCGGAAUGCCACCCUUCAAUCCGGAUCUAAACACUCCAACUGACACCAACGAGCCAUACCUGACAUGGCUGAGCUACGUCCUUGCACAGAAGACGCUGCCAUACGUGAUCAGUACCUCUUACGGCGAUGAUGAGCAGACAGUGCCGCUGUCGUAUGCUACAAGUGCCUGCAACGGGUUCAUGCAACUUGCCGCUCGAGGCAUCUCCGUCCUCUUCUCCAGCGGCGAUGCCGGUGUUGGUGCAAAUGGCACAUGCUUCUCGAACACUGAUCCGUCGAAAGCGAUGUUCAUUCCGGCCUUCCCAGCAAGCUGUCCGUGGGUCACGACUGUGGGAGGCACCGCAGGCUUCCAACCUGAGGUUGCCGUAUCCCGGUUCGGCUCAGGUGGAGGCUUCUCGAACUACUUCGGUCGUCCUGCUUAUCAGAGCGCGGUUGUUGAAGGCUACUUCGGAAAAAUAGGAAGUCUUUUCACUGGGUUGUACAACACCAGCGGUCGAGGCUACCCGGACGUCGCCGCUCAGGGCGGCAGCAACCACGACGUAAUUGUCUGGAACGGCACAAUCCGUACAGUCGGCGGCACAUCUGCGUCCAGCCCUACCUUCGCAGCAGUGAUCGCUCUUGUCAAUGACGCUCUCAUCGCGAAGGGUCGCUCACCUCUUGGCUUCCUCAAUCCAUGGCUGUACGGGGGCGCUUAUAGCGCUUUGACGGACAUUACAAGCGACGGUGCGCGCAUUGUGAGGUAUGGUCACACUGACGACGAGAAUCGCAUAGGCUCUGCAAUCGGAUGUAACACAAGUGGCUUCCCGGCAGAGGUCGGAUGGGAUGCUGUGACUGGCUUUGGAACACCAAACUUCGGCAAGCUAGUGGAUGCUGCGUUCGACAUCAAUGCAUCUCGUUGGUGGUAG